AUUUUUUGAUACUGCUUGACAUGCCAUCUAUUUAUCUCCUAAACUGGUUGGUGCCCUCUCAAAAUUAUAAGUUGGAUGAAAUUUGACUAUUGCCUCCCGCAUUCCCUGGAAAACUGUUCCAGCUAUCAUCUCCACCCUGAGCUGCUCUUUUUCUCUAAGCCAAUCAAAACAUCUUUGAGAAACAAAGUCCCUGGCUUCAUCAUACAAUAUACCAACAAGUCGGUAGGUGAAAUUACCAAAAAACACCACCAUAUCUGCUUCAGAUAACUCAGGUUUUGCUCCUACGAGGUUGAAGCAUAUGACCAGAAGUAGAGACACCGACUGCAACAGACAGGACCAAUGGCAAGCCAAAUGAUUAAAGUAGCCAAAUGUCAGAGGCUGCUUGAAAUCUCUUGUGUAGUAGAUGGAUUUGAUACCGGAGGGACCUCAGGUGGAGUAUCAAGUGAGAAGGCUGAAAAUGAAGAUCAUGAAUAUUUUACUCCUAGAGAAAAUGGUGGUAUGAUAUUGGAAAAUGGAAGCACUGACAAGGUGGAUUGCGUUGUUGAUGAGUUUCAUACAGAAUCUAAAUUCAACAACGAGAUGCAAAACCAGGGUAUUGAUGCUGGGGAUUUGAAAAAGGUUGGCUUGGAUCCUGGUCUUAAAGAUGAAAAAAUAGAGGAACAGUAUAAUGCUUCAGAUGACCCUUAUAGUGAAAUUCAAGAUGAUACAUGUGAAAAAACAUGCAGACAUUCAGUUCACAGGAAUUUUGAACCUCAUUGUGAAAUACUUAUAGAAAUGGAGAAUCAGACCGUUGGCACUGAUAUAAACCAGGAGGAUACAAAUAGCAAAGGAGUGGGAAUAUCUGAUAGUCAGAGGAUUGAAUGUAAAGAAUAUAGUAAAGAUCAUGAAACUGAGAAUAAUGACGCUGGAUUAAAUUCAGAACAUCUGGAAACAAUUGGUGAAACCGGAGAGUCUUCUCGAAUUGUGGAUGAAAGUAAAGAGAUUGAAACUGCUGGAAGCUCAUCCUUAUCAAAAAAUUCUCUUGCUACUGAGAUGCCGACUGUUCAGGCUACUGCUGUUGAUUCGGAAGAAGGUAGUACAGAGGUUUACCGGUCUAAGAUUUCUAAUGAAGAAAAUCUAGGAAAUUAUGAAAACUUUUCCGUUGUUGGGGAGCUAAAAAAGAUACCAGAGAAAAAUGCGAAAGAGAAAGAAACCACUCACAUUUCUAAAAAAACGGAUACCGAGGCUGUUUCUUCAUCUGGAAAAUCUGUUGCCACUACCACCACUCUUGUUCCUCCUGCUGGCCUUGGACCUGCAGCUCCAUUAUUGAAACCUGCUCCACCGGUAGUGCAGCAGCCGCGGGUCAAUAAUAGUGUAUCUAAUUUGCAGUCCCAAAAAUUGGAUGAGUCCUCAUCUGGGGAGGCUGAGGAGUAUGACGAGACUCGAUAGAAACUUCAAAUGAUUAGUGUGAAGUUUUUGCGGCUAGCUAAUAGGCUUGGGCAAACUUCAAAUGAUUAGUGUGAACUUGUUGCUGAACAACUCAGAGGGAGGAAUCGCAGCCGUGUUGGCGCUUUUAGCUUUGAUCGUGCUAGUGCAAUGGCCGAGCAACUUGAAUCAGUGGGUCAAGAACCACUUGAUUUCUCUUGUACAUUAAUGGUUCUUGGAAAGACAGGAUUAAAGGCUACAUAAAAUAGGACUAAGAAAGGACAGGGAGGGAAGAAUAGUAAGCAGUGAAGAAUAGUAAGCAGUGAAGAAUAGUAAGCAGUGAAGAAUACCAAAUGUUAAUACAUCAAGAGAUACAAAAAUAUACACGGACCAACAAAUCAAAUGACCCAAUUGAUAAGAAACCUUACCCAAAAAAACACAACAUUAUCUUAUCCAACAGGUU